CUAUUUCAUCUCCGAUGGCAUAUAAGAAAACAGUAAUGUUUUGUGGGUUAUUUUUAUAAUAACAAUUAACUUUAAAAAAUUAGUAAACAUAAUGCCCAAAUGCGAUUUAAAAACCAGAUAUAUUCCAGCAACGUUUGCUUGGACAUUGUUAUUAGGCACUACAUUCCUAUUCUUUUAUUAUCCAUGCCAAUAUUAUAUUUUUCGACAUCCAUGGGUUCCAGCAUAUCAAGGAGUAAUAACAUUUUUCGUCAUAGCAAAUUUUACAUUAGCUACAUUUAUGGAUCCUGGUGUAAUACCAAAAGCGCCCCCGGAUGAGGAUCGAGAGGAUGAUUUUAGAGCUCCUUUAUAUAAAAAUGUAGAAAUAAAUGGGAUAACUGUGCGAAUGAAGUGGUGUGUCACUUGUAAAUUUUAUAGACCCCCUCGUUGUUCACAUUGCUCUGUUUGCAAUCAUUGUAUAGAGACUUUUGAUCAUCAUUGCCCUUGGGUAAAUAAUUGUAUAGGACGAAGAAAUUAUAGAUUUUUCUUCUUUUUCUUGAUAUCACUGUCAAUACAUAUGCUAAGCAUAUUCUCAUUAUGUUUGCUAUAUAUUUUACACAAUAAGGAAAGACUUACGCAAGUGGAACCUAUUGUAGCUAUGGUUUUGAUGGGCCUAGUUACAUUACUAGCCAUUCCUGUCUUUGGUUUGUCAGGAUUCCACAUGGUUUUAGUUAGUCGUGGUAGAACUACAAAUGAACAAGUGACGGGAAAGUUCAAAGGAGGCUAUAAUCCAUUUAGUAGAGGCUGUUGGAACAAUUGUUGUUAUACACAAUUUGGGCCUCAAUAUCCCAGUCUGAUGAAGCCACAAAAAUACAUAUCAAAACGAGCGGCGCAGCUGGCUGCUAGUGGCGUAGGUAGCGGCGGUCCUGGUUCGGGAGUCGCCACCAUUCAGCAUCGUGAGGAUGAUGCGCAGGUAAAGACUUUGACGUAUCUGGAUAACAACGGUUCUAAUCGGACUCAACAUACACAUUACAAUAAGUUGUCGCCUGGUCGUGACAAUUCGGACACAGAUAUGGAACCUCCAAUGCAAUCUGUUGGACAGGAUUGCGAGGCUACUCCUCCAUUGUUACGGCACCAUCAUCCAGGUGGUGGCAGCAGGCAAACUUUAGCUCAGAAUAAUUAUUAUAGUUCUGGACCUGGAGAUGGCCAAAACACUAGACAGAUGCAACAGGCAAGACAAUAUGCGCCGCCAGCUGUUGUUCGACACAGUCCUCAUGCCCGAAGAUCAGCUGAUGGCGGUCGAGCUUAUCCAACAGAUGUGACUUCACCUUCAGAGCAGCAAAGAGAAACUGUCUCUUCAACCCAACAAAGAAUGCGAGCACUUGGUGUUGCAACGCCAUUAACAUUAUCAAGUCCAAUGAGGAGAUCAAAUCCUGGAACACCAACAACUCCAAGGCGGCCAGAUUUUAUAGGUGUGGGACAACAGCCAGGGCAAAUGGUGAUGAGCCAGAAUUAUCCACAUAUGCAGCAACAAGCACCUCCAUAUUAUGAUUUCCCAAACCAUCAUCAAACUAAUACUGGACAAAUUGUAAAUCGAAAUGGACCUGGUGGUAGUCCACAACGACGCUUCUUAUCUGAAGGAGAAUUGGUACGAGCUAAUAAUGAACUUUCCUAUGCUCGCACAAACAAUACAACGGACAAUAUAAGAGAACUAGCUGGUAGUCCACAACGUGGAGUUUAUAUGUGGAAAGAGGCGACGUCGCCUUCUGGAACUAACAUGGCAUAUCCUGGGCAAGCUCAGCACCAUCAACCUCAACAUAAAAAUCAGUUUGAAUAUUACAGAUCUAAUCCCACAAGCCCAGUCCAACAGCAACCUUCUUAUCAUCCUGCUCUUAGAGGAGGAGUUCCAGUCUUUCCUCCUUCACCACAGGUGAAAAGAAAGCCAGGUGCAAAUGGUGGGGCAGGAAACACUAAUACCGCUCCAACACCAGGCAGUAGAAGGCCUGUUAGUUUUGUUAGGGCUUUGGAAAUGGCAGAUUCUAUAGAAAUGGCAGAUAGUGCACCUAGUUCUACUAAUAAUCAAGCAGCUACUGAUAAUCGAGCUAGUGUUUAUGAUAUGAAUUAUGAAAUAUCAGUAUAGGGACAAAGAAGGCACGACGCUGUGCUCAAAUCAUAAGUGCUACUCAAUUUUUUGGGGUUUUUCAAAACUGACCUCACUAUUGCCAUCGAAUUAUUUAGUGAGGAUAUCAUUAUUUUUGUAAAU